AUGAGGACUACGUUCUCUUGCUUCUUACCGGCCCUGCUGCUAUUCCAGACAUGCGCAGCCGGGCCGAGUCAACAACCCCUCGAAGAUGACCCUACCUUGAAUGCCGCUACUGGAAAUGCCGAUUACCGAGAGUUCCUGUUUGCUCCAGGGCAACCAGAGCCCCAGCCCGUCAGCCAACGAGUUCAAGAUAUCUGGGAUACCCUUCGAGCCGUGCAACCCGUCGCCUUCCACGUCAAUAAGCCUUCAGGGCUGCUCGGAUACACCUUACACUACGGCCGCGAAGCGUUUCGGAUACUGUUCCUGAAUGGACCCGCCUCAGAUAAAACCGGUCGCAAGACAAACCCGACUGUUGCUCGGGCCGUGGAGGAGUUGAAGGCAGCGGCAGAUGAAGACCAGGAUACAGACGCGAUGUUCCUCCUCGCGGAGAUGAAUUUCUACGGCAAUUUCACCCACCCACGCAACUUUACCGAAGCUUUCCUGUGGUACAAUGACCUAGCAUGGUUGACAGGCAACAGCACAGCACAGUCCAUGGUUGGGUUUAUGUAUGCGACAGGCAUUGGAGAAGCGGUCGAACGUGACCAGGCGAAGGCGUUGAUGUACCACGAAUUCGCGGCCGAGGGAGGCAACACCCGUUCGGAGAUGACGCUGGCAUAUCGCUAUCACACGGGCAUUGGAACACCAAAGACGUGUGAUCACGCGCUCUUUUACUAUAAGAAGGUGGCUGAUAAGGUGAUUGACUUCUAUCGAUCUGGUCCACCAGGCGGCCACGCAAUGAUCCGAGACUCUUAUCGCUGGGCCGAUGAGGAGGGUGGUGUCUACGGAGAAGGGGCUAGUGUAUCAAGUUCCGGGAUGAAUGCGCGGGACCCUUCUCACGUCACCGAGGCCAGCGUCGAGGACGUCCUGGAGUUCCUGGACCUCAUGUCUCGCAAGGGCGAGCUGAGGCAUACCUAUACUCUGGCAAAGAUGCACUACGAGGGAGCUCGUGGUCUGCCUCGCAACUUCCAUCGGGCUAUGAAGUACUUCAAGGUCGUGAUCAGGAAAUAUUGGAACGAGGAUGGUUCAAUCAAACAGAACCCCCCCGCAGGACUCGACAAGCUAGCCGCCAAAGCAGCAGGGCACGUUGGCCUGAUGUAUCUACGUGGAGAGGGAGUGGCCCAAUCUUAUGGAACUGCUCUGAUUUGGUUCCGACGAGGCUUGGCCAACGGAGAUGGGCUCUGCCAGCACCAGAUGGGAUUGAUGUAUCUCCACGGCUACGGAGUACCACAGGAUGCGUAUAAAGCGUCUUCUUACUUCAAGGCAGCAGCGGAGCAGGAUAUUCCGGCCGCGGAAACACGACUGGGUGCGCUCUUCCUGGACCAAGGAGAUGUGGCCGCUGCAACUCGCUACUUCGAACUCGCCGCUCGCUGGGGCUGGAUGGAGGCAUACUAUUACCUUGCGGAGAUGACAAACUUCGGUGUGGGUCGUCAGCGCCACUGUGGUGUCGCCACGGCCUAUUACAAGUUGGUCGCCGAGAAGGCCGAGAUGGUUCACUCAGCCUUUGCAGAGGCAAAUGCGGCUUACGAAGCCGGAGACAAGGAAAGUGCCCUUAUCCCAGCUAUGAUGGCUGCAGAGCAGGGCUACGAAACUGCGCAGGCCAAUGUGGCCUAUCUCCUUGAUGAACAGCGCUCCCUGUUCUCGUUGAACUCCAUCUUGCCAUGGGUUCAGAAGACUCGGUCUGCCUUGCUCCGUAACACGAGGCUGGCUCUGAUCUACUGGACCAGAUCUGCCAAACAAACUAACAUUGACUCGCUGAUCAAGAUGGGCGACUACUACCUGGCUGGAACGGGGACAGUCUCUGAUGCCGACAAGGCCUCGACUUGCUACCACAAUGCUGCCGAAGCGCACCGUAGCGCACAAGCUUACUGGAACCUGGGCUGGAUGCACGAGAAUGGCAUUGCCGUCCAGCAGGACUUCCAUAUGGCCAAACGGUACUAUGAUCUGGCUCUGGAUACCAACAAAGAGGCGUACCUCCCUGUGAAGCUCAGUCUAUUGAAAUUGCGAGCUCGAGGAUACUGGAAUCGAAUCACCAACGGAAACAUCAAUCCCAUUCGUGAUGAUGAAGAUUCGCGACCCAAACUCACCCUCCGCGAAUGGAUUGCUACGUUUAUCAGGAACGACGAGGCCGAGUACUGGGAGGAACUCUAUGAGUCCCGAGAAGAUGAUGAGGAUUUCAUUGGACGAGGCCUCGACUCGGAGAACCACGACGACGGUUACUACGAUGACUUGGAUUUUGACAUCGACGAGGGAAUGCUCGAGGGUCUUCUCAUUGUCGGCCUGGCGGCGACUCUUCUCGUAUUGGUUUACAUUCGCCAGCAACAGCAGCGGAACCGGCAAAACGAGAACGCUGCGAAUGCCGGAAAUGCGAAUGGAAAUGGAAACGCGAAUGCGAAUAAUGCCAACAACCGCGGCUUCUUCCCGCAGCCUGGCGACCCUGAAUUUGGGCAGUGGGUGGCAGGCGGUGUUGGCCACUGA